UCCCCUCUUCGUAGAUUCUCGAUUGAGUUCUUCCCCUGGCUGUGCGACGAACAACAGAUUGUAGAAAGAAGGAGAAGCACUAUAAAAAAACCGGGGUCGAUUGGAUGUCAGGUUCGGCAAUGGUGGGAGCGUCAAGCUCAUGGUCUCGAGCGAUGCUUCAGAUCUCACCGUACACCUUCUCUGCUCUUGGCAUCGCCAUCGCUAUCGGCGUCUCUGUUCUCGGCGCUGCUUGGGGGAUUUUCAUCACUGGGAGUAGUUUGAUCGGUGCGGCAAUCAAAGCUCCACGAAUCACUUCGAAGAAUCUCAUUAGUGUGAUCUUCUGUGAAGCUGUUGCUAUAUACGGUGUUAUUGUGGCAAUUAUUCUACAAACAAAGUUGGAGAGUGUUCCCCCAUCACAAAUACAUGAACCUGAAUCUCUUAGAGCUGGUUAUGCUAUAUUUGCCUCAGGGAUUAUUGUGGGUUUCGCAAACCUCGUCUGCGGGCUGUGUGUGGGAAUUAUCGGAAGCAGCUGUGCAUUAUCUGAUGCCCAGAACUCAUCACUUUUUGUGAAGAUUCUUGUGAUUGAAAUCUUUGGUAGUGCCCUCGGGUUGUUUGGAGUAAUAGUCGGAAUAAUCAUGUCGGCUCAAGCAACAUGGCCUGCUAAACCAGUUUAGUUUGCCUUUUUUUUUUUUUUUUUUUUGUCAGUGUGGUGAUUCCUGUCACUGGUACCAACAGAACUAAUGUACCACAUGUUAUGUAUCUUAUUCUCUAUUGGUUAAGUAGUAGGUGAUUGAGUUCUGGUCUGAAAUGUUCUAUUUAUUCCCUUUUUCUAAUUUUAAGUUGUUUUGUUUAUGAUGGAUUAUAAAUACUGAAGAGGUGAGUUUAUGAUAUAUUUUCGUGGCUUAUUUAUUUAA